GACCACGUCGCCUUUGUUCUCGAGCCGUUACCCAUCACCCGGCCACCAAAGCGCGGAGCUCCGUUGCCAUUCGCAUUCUUUACGAGAGACGAUCACAUUCCAAAGACGCCACUCUGUACCUGUUGUCGGCCACGAUGAACCCGCAACAUUCCGGAGCGGCGACGCUGCCAAAAGGCUUCCGUUUCCAUGACCCGGACCAGCAGAACCCCAAAACACCGGAGCCAUUUGCCACGGACGAGGAGUUGCAGCCGCCUUCCCCCCCGCGCCCUCGCUUGAGACUGAAAAGGCGCGUCGCAUCCAACCUGACUGCCCCGACGUCGCAGUUCCUCGCGUCUGUCGCUGCAGCCGACGUGCCAAUACCCAGCAUCGAGGAGCCUGUGUCAUCUGGCGCAAACGCGCAGUUUUCCAGCAUGACAUAUCCGGUCAUUCACAACCUCAAGGACCUUGAUGGACUGGCGUUACAAAAAUUCCGCGACAGACGUUUUUCUCCACCCAAGACGCCGGCACCCGGCGUCGCCCCGUCGCUCUCCCCCAGACGAUACCCAAAUUGGUCCAUCGACUCGGCCUUCAGCAGCGGCGAGUCUACCCCGGAAUUCGAAUCCAGUCGGCCAUCCACCGCACGCUCCACCCAAACCAGCGCAUCCCUCUUCAGUCGCUUCUCGCUCACGUCCGAGGACCUGCAGUGCAUCAGCCCCGAGACUGACGCGUCGGACCACUUCAAGCAGUCGUUCUUUGACGGCUUUGACGAGCCUACCCACCCUCCAGCCAAGCCCAAAUCCAAGAGGAGAAAGGCCCCGUGGACGAAGGCUAUGAGCGACCACCUGUGGACUACCUACCUCACCUAUCUCCAGGACCCCAAGGUCACGCCGUUCCGCACCGGGAAAAGCUGUGUCCCUCCCCAAGGCGUGUGUCUUCGGGUUGCCAGGGAGGCGAAGAGGAGCUGGAGGGGCCCCAAGGGUGGAAGAAAGUCGUUGAACCCCAAGAGUGGAAGCAACACGCCGACCGUCGAGACUUGCACCUUUCUCCAGUGGCCGCACACUUGCGCGGCCACCCGUGGUCAUCUGAGGGAGCUUUGCAAACUGAAAGCCGCUUCAUCGUCGGCCCGGACGACCCAAUUCCUCGCCAACAGCCCGACACCCUACGGCAGGACGGCGGCGCGGUUCUGGAACCGCAGAUCCACCCCGGCCCGGUCCCCCUCGGUAUUUGCGGCGCACGACAUGUCCAUGUCGCUAACUCUCAGCACGUCAGAAGUCAUGCAGCCACACGGUCCUCUGGCGCAACUCACAAAGACGGAUCCCGAGCUUGCUCAGGAGCCCAUUACGGAGCCGUUCCCACUGCUCCCUGUCGAUUUCGGCAAGCUGGACGUUCCCCUGGGCAACGAACGCCCCCGGCUCGGGUCGCCGUUCAUGGCCAAGAGCUACGGGCCCAGCUCGACUGGCGCGUUGGCUGCUGCUGUGUCCUGGGCGCCUCAAAGACAAAACCAGAGCCUCGGCCACAGACGCACCCUCCAAUCCCCGGCGCGUCUGACGCGAAGCCGGUCCAACACGCAGAAGCGGAUUGGAAGACCCAGGCAGUUGUCGCAUGAGCCACGAAAGACAAAGCGGCCCAGUCUUGUCUCCGAUCUGUGGACCGAGCCCAUGCCCGCCGAGGGUCUGCGCAAGACGCCACUCCAGCCAGACGUCGUCGAAUUCAGCUCGACAGCCAACCACUCGCGUGACGACCUCUUCGUGCCUCGAACGAAUCUUGCUGGGCUCUUUACGGCCCCGAUGCAGAUACCCUCAUCCCGACCUCAGCUGCUGGACACAUCCGACCCUUUUUUGGCUCCGCCCAAUGCACCACCUCCAAGGCUAGGAUCGCCAUUUCCCGGAUCCAACACCAGCUUUUCGUUCCCCAACCGGUUCACGCAGCCAGAGGCGUUUGACCGUGGCACGAUCCGUCCCUUUGCAACAAUACAGCAACCCGGUGACGGCGGCUCGGCGCCUCCUCGCAAUCUGUCUGAUAGACUUGCCUACAUCGACGAGCGUCUUAGGGACUUUAGACGGCGUGACCCCAGCCGUCGCCGAUCCGAAUCGCCCUUUUAGUGAACACUUCCCCUUCCCCCCCUACCCUUUCCUUUGUACAUGCUGCUACGCCCGCCAUUGUCUCACGACUUAUGAGUUCAUGCAAACCAUCUGCCCGAUACCCAUGUGGGCAGACUUCUGCAAGGACAUGCCCUUCGACCGGUACAUAGACGACAGCACGUUUUGAUGACGGCCCCCGACACUGGCCACCUACACCAUCGACGCCCUUUUUUCCUUGCUUCACUUCUUCCGAACACAUUUUGCUUCACAUAUUGAGGGGGAUUGGAGACGGAGACCUCCCUCCCGGCUUGGAGGACUAAUGGCCACUUUGCUUGAGAUAGUGUGCGAUUCUGGACAUCAUUCCCUAUGUUAUCUUUUUGUCCAUCCGUGGCUGUCGGCCCUUUGGCAGCCUGGCUUC